GUUGCACAAGGGUGGGGCGUGGACCCCCAUGCUCUGCUUGUUUCAAACAAGCAUCACGUCACCAGGGACAGCCACCCAGAGCUGAGUUCGGUAGAAGCCGAGGGGGUGGUCAGGGUCUUCCUGCUGUCUCUGAAGAUGCCUUCUUGCUUGUCCUUCUCUGCCCCAUGUCCCCUUCUCGCACUUCCUUCCUCUGUGUCCUGGGUUGUGGCCACAUGUUCCAGCAUAUGCCCUUCCACAGACUGUGCCCUGGGCGUGAUGAAAGGUAGGGCUGGGAGAGCAUGAGGUGGGUCCCGGCAUUAAUGAAGCAUUGCCAUGUGGUCCCCACCUGAUUAGGGCCCCACAUCCACCAGUUCACCCUUCAUCCUCUAACAUCCUGUGACUGCCAGUGCCACGUGCCCCCCUCUUCCCUGUGGGGGUGGCCUUAGCAUAGACAAUGGGUCCCCCUUGAGGAUGGCUUUUGACUGCCUGUACCUGAGCCUCGGAGUGAAGGUCCUGGGACUGACCUCAUGACUGGUCUUGAGGUGCACAAGCCAGGGGCCAGGAGCUCCCUCUCCCAGGCAGGGGGUCUUGUGCUGCCUGCCUGUUCCCUAGUCACAUGGUGACAUUCCACCUUCUUCGGUUACUUCUCUGUCAGCACAAGGCAGUCAGAGCAUAUGUGCCUGCCAGCUUCCAUCCUUGGGCUGUAGCUUCAGGGGCCCUGGCAGCAUGUGGGGAGGCCCUGGCCCAUGUGACGCUGCCCGGGAGUGGGUGGGAGGGAAGGCCUCCUGGUGGGAGCUCCUGGCCCAGGGCUUACUCCUUGAGCAGCUAGGUGGGAAGUGGGCAGCUGAGACCCCUUGACGUGGAGGCCUCUCAGAUGGGGUCACUGACCACUGCUCUGCCUUUACCCUUCCCAGGACUUGAGGGGUACCCUGUCCUUUCCUGUGAGUGUGGGCAGAGCUGCCCCCAUGGGUCCAAGCACCUCUGGGGAGCCUCAGAGAGGCUGUGGAUCCUGCUAGACAUGCAGCUCUCUCCACGGCCACUGACUUCAUCAAGCUUUGAAUACAAAGUCAGAUGACCCACAGGCUCCUGGGGCCAGGGAGACCAUGGUCACUUUGUCACAGUAGAUUUAAGAGCCACUCUUGUUAGCCUGAAUGACACAGCACCGAAACCAAGUGCCAGGAAGCAGAUUGUGGCCAUUAGGAGGAGGAGAAAGAGGGUGUUCGCAGUGGCUCUGGCAGGGGUGCAGGGCUGGUUUGGAGGGGAGCCAGGCACCCUAGAGGUGGGAGGCGCCAGUGGUCAUGGGUGUGCUAGCCAGGCAGGGAUGGAGAGGCACCUGGAGGAAGGACAGGGGCUUGGCUGAGCAGAGCGUGGCCAGCCUUGUGGGGGCAGCCUGCAUCCUGGCCUCACUGGUCUCGAAGUGCUCAAGCCAGGGGCCCAGGUCUUUUGGUAUUACUAGGAAGUGAUGGGAACCUGGAGUGGGGUGGUGGUAAACAAGAGGAGACGGUCCUGCACCUCAGCUGCGGAGAGGGACAGCAGUGGCACGAAUAAGCGGGAGAAGCAAUACCAGGCCUACUGGGCCUUCAGGGACCACAGGGAUGGCGUCAUCAGUGCCCGCACCUACUUCUAUGCCAACGAAGCCAAGUGCGACAGCCACAUGGAGACAUUAUUGCGCUGUAUUGAGGCCUCAGGUGCAGCCAGCGACGACGGCUUCUUAGCCAUUAAGCUAACGCUACUGGGGAGACCCCAGUUUCUGCUGCAGUUCUCAGACGUGCUGACCAAGUGGAGAUGCUUCUUUCACCAAAUGGCUGCGGAGCAAGGGCAGGCGGGCCUGGCUGCCAUGGACACCAAGCUGGAGGUGGCAGUGCUGCAGGAAAGCGUCGCAAAGAUGGGCAUCGCAUCCAGGGCUGAGAUUGAGGACUGGUUCACGGCAGAGACCCUGGGAGUGUCUGGCACCGUGGACCUGCUGGACUGGAGCAGCCUCAUCGACAGCAGGACCAAGCUCUGCAAGCACCUGGUGGUCCCUAACACACAGACAGGACAGCUGGAGCCCCUGCUGUCCCGGUUUACUGAGGAGGAGGAGCUGCAGAUGACGAGGAUGCUGCAGCGGAUGGAUGUCCUGGCCAAGAAAGCGACAGAGGUGGGUGUGCGGCUGAUGGUGGACGCCGAGCAGACCUACUUCCAGCCGGCCAUCAGCCGCCUGACGCUAGAGAUGCAGCGCAGGUUCAACGUGGAGAGGCCGCUCAUCUUCAGCACGCACCAGUGCUACCUCAAGGAUGCCUAUGACAAUGUGACCCUGGAUGUGGAGCUGGCUCGCCGUGAGGGCUGGUGUUUUGGGUCCAAGCUGGUGCGGGGUGCAUACAUGGCCCAGGAGCGAGCCCGUGCGGCAGAGAUUGGCUAUCAGGACCCCAUCAACCCCACGUACGAGGCCACCAACGCCAUGUACCACAGGUGCCUGGACCACGUGUUGAAGGAGCUGAAGCACAAUGCCAAGGCCAAGGUGAUGGUGGCCACCCACAACGAGGACUCAGUGCGCUUCACACUGCGCAGGCCAGGCCGGCUACCCCGUGUACAAGUACGUGCCCUACGGCCCAGUGAUGGACGUGCUGCCCUACCUGUCCCGCCGCGCCCUGGAGAACAGCAGCCUCAUGAAGGGCGCCCGUCGGGAGCGGCAGCUGCUGUGGCUGGAGCUCUUGCGGCGGCUCCGAACUGGCAGCUUCUUCCAUCGCCCUGCCUAGCACUCGAGAACCCACCCUUGGCCUCCAGGCACCCCAGUUGUGGCCUCCAGGGACCCUCACCCCUCCAGGCCAUCACCACAGCUGUAGCCAACCCCAUCCUCACACAGAUUCACCUUUUUUCACCCCACCCUUCAGAGCUGCUGGAUGUGGGCCAGGUGCCUCCCAGCCCCGCCCAGGGUGUGGGCCAAAUCUGAUACCUGCCUCAGAAAGCUGCUGGGAACUGUGGGGAAUCCUCGGAUGUGUGGGCCCAAGCCCCUACCUCUGUGACCCGCAUGUCCUUGGACGUAGAGGAUUGUCUGCCUUCUGCCAGGGGCAGCCCACAGAGCUCGAGCCCCCUCAGGGAGCAGUGGCCGGGCUGGGGAGGCCUGUCUGGUCAAUAAAGCACUGUUCCUACA